CAUUUUUUCCUGAAAAGGAACGUAAAUAAUAUACAAAUUAAGCCCUGCCCUUUUUUUGGCUCCUAGCCCAGCCAACAGCUACAAAGGCACAGGAACAGCAAAAGGGCCUGAGCACACAUGAACAUCUCUGUCUGGGAGUACCUGCUGCUCUUGUGUUACUAAUUGUCCAGCAAAGAGAAAUCUCACCGUCUUACUUGGACAGGAAGGACUGGGAGAACGCUGACAUCCAGGAUUCUACUAAGGUCGUAAUGCAAGAAGGAUUCACAGAAGAGCUCCACGGCAGCCAACCAUGUGAGAGCAAACUACAAGAACAUGCUGGACUACUGGUUAACAGAAGCAGAAAGACAGUGGUGACAGGAGGUGGAGGCUACCUGGGAUACAAUCUGGGAUGUGCUCUUGUUAGGUCAGGAAUUGCUGUUGUUCUGUUUGAUGUACGGAAACCUAAAUGGGAAAUUCCAAAUGGAGCAGAUUUUUUCAAGGGUGAUGUGAGGGAUUAUGAUGCAGUGUUCAAAGCAUGUGAAGGGGUUGACUGUGUUUUUCAUGUGGCUGCAUGUGGAAUGUCAGGAUUAGAACAACUUCAAAAGAAAGAUCAGAUUGAAUCCAUAAAUGUCGGAGGCACAAAAAUAAUAAUUGAUGUCUGCAAACAAAGAAAUAUCCCUAGACUGAUAUAUACCAGUACAGUGAAUGUGGUAUUUGGAGGGAAUCCUAUUGAAGAAGGAGAUGAAGAAACUGUGCCAUAUUUUCCACUGGAAAAGCAAUUUAAUCAUUAUUCUAGAACAAAGGCAAUUGCAGAUCAAAUGGUUCUUGCUGCUAAUGGAACUUUACUCCAAGGAGGGGAUAAACUCCAUACUUGUGUGCUUCGUCCGCCAGGCAUAUAUGGACCAGAAGAGCAGCUCCACCUGCCACGAGUAGCCGUAAAUAUCCAGCGGAGACUAUUUAACUUCAAGAUUGGAAAUCACAAAGUUCAGAUGAACUGGGUUCACAUAGGAAAUCUGGUACAAGCUCACUUACUAGCUGCUGAGGCUCUCACCUCUGAGAAGGGUUAUGUAGCUAGCGGUCAGGCGUAUUACAUACAUGAUGGUGAAAACGUCACAUUUUCUGAAUGGAUAGUCCCUUUAUUUGAAAAAUUAGGCUACAGGAAACCCUGGAUACAUAUUCCUGUUCUCCUGGUUCAUAUAACAGCCACUGUGAUGGAGUAUCUGCACCUGAUACUAAAGCCAGUUUUUAGCUUUACACCUUUCUUGACAAGGAAUGAGGUGUGGAACAUUACUGUAACUCACACAUUUCGAAUAGACAAGGCACGAAAUCAACUUGGUUACAAACCAAAGAAAUUCUCAUUUGCUGAUUCUGUGGAUCAUUAUCUUAAAACAAGACCUACUUGCCAAGAAGAUCACACGUUCCUUAAAAUGGUCUUUGCUUUUGGUGUUUUGUUAAGUUUGAUCAUUCUUUCUUUCUUCUAAAAUGGAAUAACUACCCACCUGUUCCAGAAAACCUAAUUUUGUUUCUGAGUAUUAAUGAUCUGGUCAUAGUACAUUCCUCAGUCACUAUAGACGCUAUUGUUCUUAUGAUGACAUCUCUCUGAUCUCAUUUUAAAAAGCAAACAAACAAAUAAACCCCUCAAAAGUGAAAACAUGGGACACAUCAGGAAAUGCUCCCAAAGGAUAAUGCAGUGUCCUAAAAUCAAAGGAGUUCAUCGCCAAUGGGUGCAGGAAUAGUUUUAAUGGAUCUUCAUUAAUGGAUUGCUUCAUGCUGAGAAGGAUUUUCUAAACUGAUAAUUCAGGAGGGUAAGAAAUUAGAAGAAGAACCAUUGCAGAACUGCAGUGCUGUAACAAGUCCAGUAGCUCCAAUGAAGAAAAGGUUGACUAAACAAUUGCUCUGAUGAAGCUGCUACUACAGCUACUGUAUGUAUGAGGAAUCAUGAAGACCUGAGAAAUAUUACAAAAAAUACAAAAAUAAAUACUUAAAAAUAACAGGUGGUGAGAGGACUGAAAGUCAUAUUUAUGUAAAAUAGUUUUAUUGUUCAAAAGCCUUGUAAAAAUGUAAUAAACAUUAUGUGUGUUUGUUAAUCA